AUGGUGUACAUGACGUCGGUUCCAUUCACUUUAGCGAAGAGAUUCGUCUCAAGAUUCUCAACUUCUAUACCAAAACAGAAUAUGAGAGGUUUGGUAUUAUUUCGAGACAGGCUAGAAGGGAGAGGUCAGUGCGGGUGCUGGGUGAGCCCGUUAGAGUGUAUACAUCGCCCAAGAGUUGAUGCGUACGAUGCUCUGAUUAAGACUCUAUUUGAGUCCAAUGCACCUGAUUUAGAAGUGAUGUAUUUGUUUGAUCAGAUGAAGAAGGCAGACGGUGUUUCCCCUACUAAAAACACUUACUCUGUCCUAAUAGAUGGCUAUUGUCAAAGAAAUAGAGUGGACAAGGCUCUGUUGCUUCUUGAGGAGAUGGAUGAGGAAGGUCUCCCACCUUUUCCUCCAGUGUAUUGCAGCUUCAUAAACACUCUUGGAAAGGCAAAUGAGCUGUCUAAGGAAGAUGAAGAGAAUCUCGGAAAUGUGAUGAUCAAACAUUUUGGGAAACAUCGAAAACUCAAGGAAGCUGUUGUUGUGGAUCUUCUCAAGGACCAAGGAAGUGGUCUUGAUGUCAAUGCGCUUAUGUCAGGAACGGCGAAGAAUAUCCUUUCUCUAUUAAGAUUAUACCUUUUGAAAUUUGAUCAAUGGUGAAUGUUUUUUUGUUCAUUUAUAACCUGUAAUGUCCUUUGCUUUGGUAAUGGCUUCACUAGAUGACAUGGGAAGCAGGAUCAAUGAGCAUGAGCUAAAAGCUGAGAUUGGUGUACAAAGCACUCCUCCUCCAAAUCAGACGAGACACCCGCUGGUUCCCCCUAAAAUGGUGGUUCAUGCUCAAGUUAUUAGCAAGCUUGGCUAAUUAUGUUGUGUUGUACUGUAUAAUAUUAUUUAGUUUUAGUUAUGAUGAUUACUUUUCUGUGUAAUAAAGUAACUCUAUUAAUAAUUCAGAUGGAAUUUUGAAAAAUUACUUUAAAAGAAGAUUUUAUUUUGAAAACUACACAUUUUUGAGGAUUACUCAUUAUUCGGUUAUAAUAGAUGAUCUGACUUCAACAUGUUCACUAGUAAAACAAUGAUUUGUUCAGAUGACCAAACACAACAAUCUGAAACCAACUAGCAUUGAGAUGUUAGAAUCUUGUUUUGUGUUUGCCUUUUAGAAAUCUUUAAAUGAUAGAAUGUUUCUUAACAAAUUAUUUCAAAGUCAUCAUCUGCAUAAUAAAACCCAUAAAAUUAUGAUUUAACUCACCACCAUAAAUCAAAAUUGCUUUAGGCAUGAAUAGAUAUUAUAAAAUUUUCAAAUAUUAUGAUUUUGGACUUAUUAUAAUC